GCUGCGGGACAGGCAAAUGGCACUGCUACCGGCACCAACACCGCCUGCUUCCAGAGUCUCGCCUCCUCUACCACCACCACUGACGGCCACGAAAGGCGACAUCAGCGCUUGGAAGUCUUCUCUUCCUCCUCGUCCUCCUCUGCCCCACAGAACCGCCAUGGUCAACAGCAGCAGCAGCAUCAGCAGCAAUCCAACAACCAGCAGUCUUCGAGCAACCUCAUCACCGGAGCCGCAGCAUCCAAUUACUCGUCUUCCGCUGCGCGAAGUUGUGUUAUUGGCCUAGGGCGCUCCAGCGGCGGCGGUGCGCCCUCUGUCUUCACUGCUCAGAGUUCAAACGUGAAUCAAAGGAUUAUGCAGCUACAGCAGUCCUCCGACCGCUCAACACAACUGAUUCUUCUUCAGGAGAUCAAUCAGGCUCUACUGAUGGGCUCCGAGGAGGCGCUGGCAGGAAUCGCUGUUCGCAGUCUUGUUUCAUGCAUCCUCGACCUCCUCGAUGCGGAAACCAAUGAUGGUGAUGAGAGCCUGAUUGAGUUGAAGAAUCUCAGUUGUAAUGUCCUCUCUCACCUGAUGGAUGUCCUUCCAAAGGCAGCCGAUGCGGUGGUUCUCGCCAUUCCCCUUCUCCUCAAUACAAUGUCUUGCAGCUUUGUGGGUGACAUUUUGGAGCGGAUUAUCAAUGUACUCGAG